CACGUGCUUGACGUCAUUUUCGCGGGAGUUCUGGCUACUCCAGCCGGCGUGAGCUGCUAAAUCUGAACGUGUUUAGAGCGAAAACUCGCAAAAUUAAACUGAUAAAAAACAGUUUUAACGCCGUUUGGAGGCUUUAAACGAUGGAUAAAGUGGAGACCAAAGCGGCUUAUUCAUGUAAUGGUGAGGUGACGGUGACGAGGAAGAGGCAGGAUUAUCUGGAGUGGCCGGAGUAUUUUAUGGCGGUUGCGUUCCUCUCGGCUCAGAGGAGUAAAGAUCCCAGUUCUCAGGUGGGAGCGUGUAUCGUGAAUCAGGAGAAUAAGAUCGUGGGGAUCGGAUAUAACGGGAUGCCGAACGGCUGUGACGAUGACCUCAUGCCCUGGUCUCGAUCUGCUGAGGACAAACUGGACACCAAGUACCCGUACGUGUGUCAUGCGGAGCUGAACGCUAUCAUGAAUAAGAACUCUGCGGAUGUGAAGGGCUGCUCCAUGUACGUGGCUCUGUUCCCCUGUAACGAGUGCGCCAAGCUCAUCAUCCAGGCAGGUAUAAAGGAUGUCAUUUACCUGUCAGAUAAAUAUCACGACUCUCCGGAGAUGACCGCCUCCAGACGGCUGCUGAACCUGGCUGGAGUCCAGUACAGGCAGUUCAAGCCCAAACGGAGCCGGAUUGUUCUGGACUUUAGCGCUAUAGAUCCCUCUGCAAUGAACGGCGUGAGCGUGUCCGAGGAGGUGCACUCAUCUUAAAGGCAAAAAUCCACUAAAAAUGACCUGCUGAACUUUAGAGAGAUAUACAGUACUUCUAUAAAAAGAUGAAACAAAGAAAUGCCAGAUAACCAUUUUCUCAAACAGUCAGAUUUUCACAAAUAUUUCUUCCUUUAAUCACCUGUAAUCCACCUCAUCCUAUCAGCACCUGUAGAACUUGUGCUGUCUCUUCUGUUUUAUCUGAAUUUUUAUUUGGAUUUUCUGCACCUUUAUGAACUUUUAAAGUUUGAGAUACUGGUCAGGUUUUGUUUGAUGUGAGUGUUGGUACUUUUUAUUUUUUAUUAUUUUCUUUUUUUUACUGUUCAACUGUACUUUUUAAGAAACAUUGCAUAAAAUAUAUUAAGUAAAUUUCUCUUAAUUCUA